AUGGGGCCCCUUGCGGCCCCUCUGCGGCCCCUCUGCGGCCCCGUUGCCGACACCUGCGGCCCCGUCGCUGCCACCUGCGGCCCCGUCGCCGUCACCUGCGGCCCCGUCGCCACCACCUGCGGCCCCGCCGCCGCCACCUGCGGCCCCGCCGCCGCCACCUGCGGCCCCGUCGCCGCCACCUGCGGCCCCGUCUCCGUCACCUGCGGCCCCGUCGCCGUCACCUGCGGCCCUGUCGCCCUCCCCUACAGGCCCCUCAUGGCUACCCCCAGUGUCCAUACUUUUGAUGCUGAGGGCCGUGCCGUUGACUUUGAGGUCUGGGUCGAUGACCUCCAGCUGUUUCUCCAGUACGAUAGGGCAGACGGACUCUCUCUGUUCGAUCUCACCUCUGGUGUCUCUCCCGCCCCGCCUGCUACUGCUGACAGCACUCUUCGCUCACAGUGGGCCACACGCGAUGCUGCUGCUCGCCUUGCUGUGCGACGCCACUUACCGACCGCUGAGCGUGCGCACUUUAGCCAGUACAAGAGUGCUAAGACCUUGUACGACGCUGUAGUUGCACGCUACUCCUCCCCUGCCACUGCUGCUCUUAGCCGCCUCAUGCUGCCGUACCUGUUCCCUGACCUUGCUGCCUUUCCCACAGUCGCUGACCUCAUUACUCACCUUCGCACUAGUGACAUUCGCUACCGCGCUGCGCUUCCUGCUGAGUUCUGUGCAAAGAACCCCUCCCCCAUGUACAUCACCCUCUACUACAUAGUCACCCGCCUCCCUGACUCCCUUCGCUUAGUCAAGGACCACUUCCUCUCAGUUUGCCCCACCACUCUCACCGUCGAUCUCCUCGAGGAGCGCCUCCUAGCAGCAGAGAAGAGCAUAGUCGCUGUAGGAGCCUCUCGUGGUGACCCUCGCACCCCCGUCUUUGAGGGUCGGUCGGCGCUGCGUCUGCCCCGAGCGGGAGACGCCGCCCCAGCAAGGGCAAGGGGGGCAAGGGCACUGGAGGGGCUGGCGGGGGUGGUGGAGGUGGUGGUGGAGGCAGUGGAGGGGGUGGGGGUGGUGGUGGGAGUGGUGGCGGGGGUGGAGGUGUCGGUGGCAGCAGUGGAGGCGGAGGAGGCGGCGGCGGUGGCGGAGGGAGCGGAGGUGGCGGAGGUGGUGGAGGCGGCGGAGGCGGCGGAGGUGGCGGAGGCGGCGGCGGCAGCAGUGGACCUGGUCGCGGCUCUGCGCAGAGGAGUGGCAAUGAGUUCCUGCUUCUGA